AGAGACCCGGCGGGGACAUUCAAAACUAUGGCAGAAGACUCGAAUAUAUUUAAACCAACAUCAAACUCCGAAAAUACGUCCAUUAUUAACAACGCAGACAAUAAGAUAACGAGGCGCCUGUCGUUUUCGUCAGAAAAAGAUGUUAGCACGCUGGAGGAACCGAAUAUGACAUGUAAAGUCCUAACGUUACAAAGUGUUCCCGACGACUCAAAUUCAUGCCGACCGUCUGCGGAAGUCGCCGAACAACUCUCACCACAGGCCGUAAACACAUGUUUAAAGACGACAAAUGUAAUAGAAUUGAAAGAAGUCUCCUCUGAACGUGUACUAAGUUCAAAACCGCAUUCUGCGAACAACGCGGACAAAGAAAACACCGAUGUGCCCUCGACAACCAGCACUCAAGGUAACACCCAAGAAGAGGACACUUCUGGUCAGAGAAGUUUGCAGGAUUCCAGUGUGACUGCCAGUAAACAACAUAGUAAGACCGAGGUCAAUUCUGAGGUCAUGAGAAGAGCGCGGGACGAAGGCCUCGUUAACGUGGUUUUCCCUGGCACUGUAACUCAGGAAGGCUGCUGCCGCUUCGUCAGCGAGAUCCUCAAGUGCAUUCUCUAUCAGAGGCAGCAACUACCCAUGACGUAUGACCAGCUGGUGUACUCCCAGAAGAAACAGCAAGCCUCCAUGCAGGAUAAAGACAUAGUCAGUCGGAGGCCGGUGCAGUCUGCAGACAUGGACUGGCGCAAGUGUCAACAGACCCUUCAGGAGCUAGAGGAGGUGCUGCAGCAGCUGGAGGUGCUUUUUUCCCUUAGCAGGGUGCCUCGUGUGCUGCUGCUAAUGGGUGGCUCCCUCAUCCUCCCCAAAGAGCUGUAUGAGAUCAACAUGGAGGCUCUGGUAUUGGCCGGUGGAGAUCAAUGUCUGCGGGUGUCCUCAUGCUUAAGGCAGCUCUUCCGCACUCUUUUUGUGGCUGACCUUUUGUCUGACAGCAGACCUGUUCGCUUAAUGCCCACCACAGUCUUGGCACUGGCGCACAGGGAUUGCGGUGUAGGUUGGUUCCGACCUAAACUACAGUUUAAAGUGCCAAACCGUGUAAAGAACCAAAUUAUUGCUCUGUCUACUGACCCCAGCACCUGUAAGGAACAAAGGGCACAGGGGUCAGACUGGCAGGAUUAUGUGUGGUUUCAGGCACCCAUGACUAUCAAGGGCUUUGGCAAGUGACCCAAAACAUCGGGGAGCACAUAGUCUGAAAUUGGGGUUUGUAUACUACAAAUACAUUUUAAUGGUGGUUCAAGUGCAUUUUGAACUUGAAUUUUGAAUUGAGCUGUCCAUUUUAAUGAAUUAUGAGUUAAUUGUUUUCUACUUGUGAUUAAAAGUAUGCCACUUAAAAAAAAAGUUGGUUUAUUAACACAAGCAGUAUGGUGUUUUAUACCUAUAUCUUCUGAAAUACUGAAUGUGUUGUCAAGAGGUUUUGUUGGCAUGAACUUUGUUGGCAUAAAUGAAACAUUUUGUAUUGUUUAUAUUUAAGAAUGUUUUACUUCACUAAUUUUUAAGGACCUUAAACACAGAACAACACAUGUAAUAUAGUGCAAUAUAUUUUUAAUGAGCAUAACUUGAAAGGUUUAAUGCAUUGUAUUGCUUUCUUUAAUCCAAUCUUUGGAUACAUUUGAGUGCCAGUAUCUGUAUAUACGUUUUAGAUUUAUUAAAACCUGGAGAUAAUUUUUUAUUAUUCAGUGCUGCAAUUUUAGAGGCAAUCAAGCAAUGAGAUGUAUUGUAGUGUGAAAACAAUCUGCAUUUGGAAUGAUCAAUCAAA